AUGUCAAAAUCGACAGUGACCGGAGCACCUAGGACAAAAAAGUCUUUGCAACCCAGCCGAAAGGGGAAAAAGGCCUGGCGUAAAAAUGUCGAUCUAAAAGAUUUAGAAGAAGGAUUGGAAGAACGGAGAGGAGAGGAAAGAUUAUUUGGGGGUGCUCUCAGUGAAAAGCCCGACUUGGAUCUUUUCCAGAUUGACAAAGAGGGCGAUGAAAACUUGCGCUCGAUACUUCCCAAACCCAAACCGUCCCAAUUGACCUCGCUGAAAAUUCUUUCCGAACGAAGCGCAGUUCCUGCUGUCUUUUCCAGGACAACUGGUGAUGCGAAUCGCAAACAUCAUCUUUCUCGAGAAGAAAAAGAUCGAUUACUGAAAGUAGGAAAACGUCAACGGAAAGGUCCCUUCGGCGCCAUUGUUUGUAGUGAAAUAGCAGGGCUUGACUCAUCUCCCACAGGUGUUUCGGAGGCAGUGAAGUCGGCUGGUCAUUAUGAUCCAUGGGCCACUUCGCCUCCAUUACUCCCCGAAUCCAUUCCUCUUCCUAUUGCAAACCUUCCUCCGUCGCAUGCGCCAUUACAAACAUCCGAGAUAUCCACCAACCCUCGAAGCCUUAUUUCCCUACCUGCUGUACCUUUACCGCAUGCUGGGACAUCUUACAAUCCACCCGUUCAAGCGCAUACGGAGCUCUUACACCGUGCUCAUGAUCAAGAGGAAGUUCGUUUGCGUGAAGACAUACGGUGGAAAGAGAUUGGCCAGGCUAUAAAAGACGGAGUGACCACACAGCCAGAUCUAGUCUCUGUUGUAGAAGAGAUGGUUUCCCACAAACUUGAAGAGGACGUUGAUAAAGAGGAAAAAGAGGAGGAAACCUUACCGCCGAGGAAGAUUCCCCAGCGUAAAACAAAAGCGGAACGACGAAAAGCGACGAAGUUACUUGUGCAAAAGCGUAUACUCGCCGAACGAGCGGCUAAACGACGCCAGCUAUCAUACUUGGCCGAGCUGAGUGCGAAACACUCGAGGCGGACGGGAAAUUCACCAGCUUCUAAAGAACUUGUCCAACAGCGGAAGAAGGCGUCCCAGGAAAAGUUGAAAGCUGGAAUUGUGGGUCAAAAGAUUGGGAAACAUCGCGUUCCAGAAACUCUUGUUGAUGUACAGCUCGGAGAUGAGCUGAGUGAGAGCUUGCGGGGGAUAAAGGUUGAGGGUAAUCUCUUCAAAGAUCGAUUCCUCAAUCUACAACAGAGGGCGUUGAUAGAGCCAAGACUCAGAGUUCUGCCGAAGAGACGUCGUGUUCGUAUGGUGGAAUACGAAAAACAUGCCUGGAAGAAGUUUGACCGGGAGCAAGAGUCGUAA